AUGAACACGUACGCCAUCCUAUGGCGAGACUCGACUUUGUAUUGCUUGCGACCUGCGUUCGAUCUGAUGCCCGCUGGUUUGUGCCGGCCUCUGGAAGCCUUCCGGUGCCGUGGCUACCAGUCACAACUUGAGAUCGCUAUGGAAGCUUGCGCUGGGCUUCGUUGUACCAGGACACGGCGAAGCGUAUAG